AUGUAUGACGUAUUUGAUGAUAAGGUACACCAAUUUCUAAGAGCAUGUGAAUUGCUCGAGAUCCGUCCAUCUAAGUUUCAUGUAGUCUUUGAUCAAAUGCUUGAAGACCGAGCACUAUUGUACUACACUUGCAUCAAGAGCCGGCAAGACUCGUUUGAAAAAGCCUAUACCAAGAUAAAAUUGCACUUUGACACAGAUGCUAAUCUUCACAUCUACCUCCAAGAGUGGCAAACAUUAACUUUUGCCAGAUUGAAGAAUGAGAAUCCUGAUAAGGGUCUGAGGGACGUCCUUGAUAUAUUAUUUGAUGAGCUAAGUACCUGCUAG